AGAAUGCAAAUUUAAGGCAAUUCCGCAUUGGCUACAAGUAGAGUUAAAAGAGGAGAUGCGUUAUAUCAUUGAGGUUUAACACAUUCUGGGUCAGAAUAGCCAGAAAAGCAUGCUAGCUUGCAUCCGGCCAAAUGCGACCGGAUGCAGUAGGACAUCUUUGUAUUUUUGUCAUUUUGCAUUUGACUACAUACUGUGACAUACUAAACGCACAGGCAGUGUCAGUCUCUCUUCUGCAUUGACAGGUUUGUCUGCGUCCACCAUGCAGUCUCAAUGGCCAGGUUGUGAUCACUCACUUUGUAUUUAGGUCUAUUCAGUGCUAAAAACUUUUAAGUUUACUUUGUGUUUUUGUAGUACAUGUCCAAACAACUGGUGUACUGUUUGAUCCAGAUUGUGUGAGGGUUUGUACUGCCCUGUCACUCACUGUAGUCUCCACCUGUCUCUCUCUCCCCCCCCCCAUCAGCCACCAGACGUCAAUCACAAAUCGACCUUUAUUUGAUUAAUGCCUCAUUUCAGGAUCCUCGUCAAGUCCCCGCUUCGCUGCACACGGUCACUAAAGGUGAACUCUCUUAAAAAGAGCGUAGCCGUUGCAUCUACAUUUCAAAUCACUGACUGUACGGCCGCGCCAGAGAUGUGAUCGGCCUGCAGGUUGAGCACUGCAAACGUGGUCACAGUCAGAUCAAGAGACCUUUAAAGCUCUGUUUAUGAAGAGCUACCUGACAUUAUCAAUUUUACCCGCAGUGACUGUGUCCCCUUCAGCUGCAGCGGGUGACAACUGAUCAAACAGUAUAGCCGUGUUAGUCUCUGUCCAUAUAUCACCGUGUGUGCUAGCGUGUGCUCUUUGUGUGCCCAAUUAGUGUCAAAUGUGACACCGUGGUUUGAUAUCUCAACUCAACAAGCACACUUUGAUGAGAUCACUGCGAGCAAUAACAAUAAGAUUAGCACACAGAAACACAGUCGAUUCACGAUCCUGGUGUGAGCUGGUUAUAAAAUCCCUGAAGCCAUGUAGAUUUCUCUCCCUCGCUCUCUCUCUCUCUCUCUCUCUCUCCCUCUGUGUAGAAAUGAUUCAGCAGUGGGCAAGUGAAGUGCAGACGUGCAUGCAGUAUCAUGCGAUAGUUUGGGAGCACUUCUGUGAUGGGUGAGCAGAAUUGUUGGACCAUGCAAACACAACCUCCCUUUUUCAUUCCUUCAACCGCCUUCUUAAAAAGGUUGUCGUUGCGAUACUUGUGCAUAACCAAAAACAUGUUGAUAUCCAAGUCUUCUGGGUCGGUCACGUGAGAUGACAGAGGUCCCAAAUGAGCCCUUUUCCCAUAGAGUUACAUUGGGGAAAGAGAUGUUUGUCAGCGGAUCAUUUUGUUUUUCAGGUAAACCAGCUUCGAUGGAGUUUGACCAACACGUCUGCCUCCAUCAGACACCACCGGUCAUAAUGUUCUGUGAUGCCAUGUUCCAUUUUCCUCAGAAACAACACUGACUAUUCAUUAUCACCCAAAUUAGCUUUAACUUGCAACUGAAGUCCUUAUCUGAUUUGUUUCUGAAGAACUGAACUGAGUAAUGUCACACCUAUUGAAGUAUAAGGGAGAUUAUAAAAAUACAUUACACCUUACAUCGCUUCCUCUCGGCCUGCUGGUUGGUGACACCUCACUCCUGCAGACUAAACAGGCUCUGACAGUAGCUGCAUGUGUGCAUGUGGAUGCAUACAGUAUAUAUAUGUGUGGAAUGUGGAAUGAAUAUUCCACUAAUAACGUAGUUUACAUGCAGAUGUGCAUACCUCAUAACCGGUGGUGGACUUGUUGGACCAUGCAAACACAACCUCCCUUUUUCAUUCCUGCAUGUUGAUAUCCAAGUCUUUCAUAGUGUUUAAAAGCAGGUGUGUUUGUUCUUCCCAACAGAAACGUGGGCUUUUCUUUUCGGCGUGCAUCUCUGCAAACCAAUCGGCUAGCUCGGUGUACAACUCACAGAGCCGGCCGUAAACAGGCAAGAAACCGCGUGUCGUAAACUAGGAUGAAGAUGCAUAUUCUGAAUGCGCUGUAUGUCCAAAGAAUGCUCCUGAAACCGGAAUAAUAUUGGAAUAUCACACGGGACUUGACAGGAAAUGCUAAUGUUAAUUCCAGAUACUUGAUGUCAGUGUGAACUUCACACCUGCUCAUGUCGGCCAUAAGUGCAUAAAAAAAGCAAAAAGUGAUGUAUGAGAGAACAGAGGGAGGAGGAAGUGACACUUUACUACUAUAGGACGUAGAUUCAACGUUCGUCUUUAAGAUGGAACAAGUUCAGAGACGAGUAGAAGAAGCAGAGAGACAAGAGACGGAGAGGAACGAUGGCUGAAUUCAGAUGGAUUCAAAUCUCUUUAUUUCUGAUUCUGGUGCCUCAGUUUACAGGUAAGAAUACAUAUAAUGUGUAUAUGACGACAGAAACAUUAAAAAAGCUUAUUUAUUAGUAUCAUUAAUGUUAUUUUAUUGCCUAACCUUCAUUUAAAGAAGACAGACAAGUAGUCUGUUUGUUUUCCAUCGAGGUGAAUAGUGAGUUUAAUGAACUCUUAGAAACCAACGAUGAGGCACAUUUGUAAACUGUUGUUGAAUCUAAAACUAUCUUCACACUGAUAUUAAAAGUCAUGUUUUUAUUUCUCUCUCAUAUUCUCAGCAGCAUUCUUCAUGGGACUCUUACGAAUACGUUUAUUCUCCGCCAUUGUCAGAGAUGGAGAUGAAGUCACUUUGCCUUGUAACAGUGUGAUAGAUGAUCAUAAGAACUGUAACUCUACUGAGUGGCUCUUCACUGAUUCAGCAGAAUCAACAGGAGCAAAGCUGGUUAUAAAUGGGACGAUUGUUGAAGAAGCCAACGCUAAAUCAGACAGACUGAGUGUUUCAGAGAACUGUUCUCUGGUUAUAAAGAAUGUCACAGAGGAAGAUGGUGGUGUUUAUAUCUUCAGUUCAGGACAACAACAUGCUCUGGUUCAUCUGGCUGUUUUUACCUUGACUGAACACGAGGACAAUGAUGAGGUGACGUUGAACUGCUCUCACACGACAUAUGACCAAUGUGUACGAACAGUGAAGUGGCUGCUUCAUGGUCAAGAUGUUGAUGAAGACAACAAAGACAUUAAGACGUCACAGUCUCACUGCACCGUCUCUCUGACGUUUCUGACUUCUUAUUCCAGUUACACAUCAAGGUUUAAUUCAUUUAAGUGUGGAGUGACCGAGGGUGACAAAGUGCACCAGUUUUCUUUCAGAAAUUUGCCCUCAGGUGAAGACGCAAUAACAGCAACAACUGAGUCAACACCAACUGAAGACGGCAGAGAAGCAGCUAACACCACGACACCUUCUGCAAUCAGUGACGCUUCACCAAAACUACAAAGCUGGUGGAGGUUCAUCUUUGUGUCUGUUGGAUUAGCAGCACUCAUAAUAAUAGCUGUGGCCGUCAACAUGUGGGCAAGAAUUAUAGAGAAGAAAACACAGAUGGAUCAAAUCGCUGUGCGUUAUGAUGGAGAAGAUGAUUCAGUGACCUAUGAAAACAUCAGACAUCAGAAAACAUCAUCCUCCAUCAGACUCCACUGAUCUACUCGUCAUGAUUUACAUGAGUGGUUAUAGAUUGGAAAUAAGAAGAAGAAAAUUGUCACAACAAACGUCAAUGAUAACUACACAAUACAUGACCUAAUUUGACCCCAAAUGUGAUGCUAACGCUAGCUGUUGUGGUUAGCUCUGUUCUGUGACCAACAUAUAAUGUUUCAAGUGCAGAUCAGCUUCAUUACCAUUUCCAUCGUAUCCCAGCUGCUGCUGAUCUCGAGCCAUAUAUUGUCCUUUAUUGGGCUGUUGAGGUCGUCGCUGUGUUUCUGGUACAAUAUUGGGUGAUGAGAAACCAAAUUGAUAAAACAUUCCCUAUUAUGGCAGCAAGCUGCAUGGAGCUGGUGGUAUGGCAUCUCUCGGAACAAAGGUUUUCAUUGGUCAAACAUAUUUCAACAGGUGGAAAUCAUCUGAAAUCGAGGUCCGUCAGAAUAUGUUCCACAGUGGUGAUGAAGCAUUCAUAAGAACCCCCCAAAAAUCAGUGUUUGUACAUUUCUGUUAAUAUUUUUCAGAUAAAUUCGUGCUUGGUGUGAAAUGUCUUUUAUUAUUUUAUUUUAGUCCAGUGUCUUUUCCUGCAUCAGUUGUAAAAGUGUUUCUCAUCUGCAGCCCGUUCAGAACACAGCAGCUGGAUUUUAACUUCAUUUAACAAGAAACAACAUUUGACUUUUGUUAAUUUCCUUAAACUGUCUCCCAGCUGAACAUUUCACAGCUGAUUUUAAGGUUUACUGCUUGUUUUUGAGGCUGCAGCAGCUUGAGCUCAGUUUCUUGUCUCUGUGUACAUUUUAACCCACCUUCAUUUAGCAUUAAGUGUUUGAAUGUGUUUUCAGACUAAACACAAUCAAAGACUUUGGAAGCAUCAAUAAAUCACAUAAAAUAUAAUAAGUGUUGUCCUCUGUUUGUUCAGUAAUUCCUUUCAGGCACAGGUCAGUGCCGUCUUCAGCUUUAUAACCCACCGGAUUAUCUUUGGAACUAAUAAACUCAUUUAAUCUAACCAGGAGAAUUCUCCCUCUGACUUUUGACAGCAGGGUUAAAGCUGCGGGCCUGUGAUUAUCUGAGCUGCCUGCUUUACCAGCUUUGUCCGUAAUGACUGGCACCAACAGAACAGCAACAUUGAUCAGUAACAAGCCAUGAAUCAUAAAUUCAUCAUAAAAUCCUCUACUGGCUUAUUACUUACUUUAACCCUUUGUAGUGAACUGUGUUUUGUAUUUUCCUUCAUUCUCUAGAGUAAUUAUAAUAAUGGCUUUCAUGAUGGACGGUGGAUAUUCACACAAUACGGAGGUCUUGUUAAAUUCAUAAUUGUUAUUAAUUGCUAUUAUCCAUUCAUAUCAAAUGUUUUAUCAAAGAGAAUUUCAAAAGUGUGGAAGCUUUUUGGUGAGAUGUCACAGACCGAUUGACAAGACAAGAGCAGCUACAACGCAGUCACACGGCAGUUUGUGAAAUAGUUAUGAAAUGCAAACUAUUGGUUUCCUGUACAGGGACAAGAAAUAUCCGGUUGUUUUCCAUGUCACGCGGCACGACUUGUUUUCGACCACAACGUUUAUUAUCAUUAUCUGAUUAGUUUCUGAAGAACUGAACUGAGUAAUUUCACACCUGUUGAAGUAUAAGGGAGAUUAUAAAAAUAUAAUGACUUCGCUUCCUCUCGGCCUGCUGGUUGGUGACACCUCACCCCUGCAGACUAAACAGGCUCUGAUAGUAGCUGCAUGUGUGCAUGUACAUGCAUAUAUGUGUGUUGUGUUUGCAGACCAUGUGCUUGUAUAUUUUAUGAGCAUGUUUGGAUUUUUGUGUAUUCCUGCAUGCAUGUGUAGAAUCUUUGUUACAUCCUGUUUUAUUUUGGUGUUUCCUGUUCGAGGGUUGGGGUUGUUGAGGAUCUGCUCUCUCUCUCUCACUUCUGCGAUGGCCGAGCAAAAUAACGCGGCCCACGACCUCCCAACAGCCUCAUGUCCUCCAUUACCAGAAGCCUGAAGAGAUAACAAGAUUAGCAUAAGCACUUUUAGUAAGUCAGUGUGAAUGGGAGCCUUAAAGAGGCUUAAA